UAUUUGUGUAAGAGAAGUAAACUGCAUAAAUUAACUAAUUUAAUAAGUUAAAGUAGUACAGCGUUGGUCCUACUAAGGUAUUGGUAGGAAGAAACCUUUAAUUGUCGAUUUUCUGUUUUUAGGUUAGUAGACCGGGAUUUGCAAUGUACUUAAACAUUUUAUCCCAAUUCAAUUUGUGUACAUAACAACAAUAAACCUUUCUGUUUUCAGAUAAAUCGAAUUGUGUGUUAUUCUCCAGUACCAUCUCACAUAUUAUAAAUCGACAAUUGUCAGAGUGGAUUCGAUAUUAGUAGAUCAUGGAGAAAUUACAAUUUGAGGUUGGGUUGGCUGCAGAUGAAGAUCCAAAGAAUAACAUAAUGAUUAUAAAGUCGAUUACCAAAGAGGACGGAAUAACGUACCUCGUACCACCAGGUUUUCAAGCAGUAAAACACAACCCUCAAUUGAUAAAGUUACCAGAAGAUAAAAAGACAUUACAGAGAAGCGGUAAUAAUAGAAAAGUGUGGGUGUCCAUGCCAAGUGAUAUUUUAACACUGUACAAAGAUGAUGUUGGAAAUAUGAUGUUUAAUGAUUAUUUAUUACAAGAAAUGACUCAAGUCACAAGCCGAUCUAUUACAGAUGGAAAAUUAUUGGAAAUCUUAGAGAAACUAAGUGAUAAAUCCAAGGUACACGAAGAAAAAUAUAACAGUUUGAACAAAUUAAAUGAAAAAUUUGUUUUAAAGAAGUUUGAAAACAAGAACACUAAUGCUAAACAAUGGUUGCAAAGUUUUGAAAGUGAAUGUGCAAGAUUUGAUUUAAAUAGAGAUACAGAGAGAAUUAGCGCUUUGAGAUUAUUCUUGAAUGACUCAGAAAAUGAUUGGUAUGAGUCCAUGUUAAUUAAACAUGGCUUAAACACCCUAUGGAAAAUAUGGCAAGUGAGUUUUCUUAAAACAUUCACGGAUAAGAGUUGGUCUUCUGUAAUGUAUGCACUGAAUUUCAAACAUUUAAAUGGCUCACUGCUGCAAUAUGCAUUGAAAAAGCAGAGAUUGCUACUAGAAUAUAAUAGUGAUAUAGAUAUGAGAACUCUGGUUGACUUGAUUGUCGCAGGAUUGCCAACUUAUAUUACAAAUAAACUAGAUCGUCAAGAGAUGACAGAUCCAACUCUUCUAUUUAGUGCCCUACGAAUGUAUGAAAAUCUUAAUAAAAAUAUACCAAAACAUUUUACCGAGACAAAGCGCUUCACUAAACAAGAAAUGGAAAACAAAAAAAGAACACCUUGUCAAAUAUGUUAUCAAGAUGGGAAAGAAAAAUCGAUUUCAUCCUGGGUACAUGUGCUUGUAAAAGGAAGACAAAAAUGACAGCGUAAAACACUGCAAAAACUUGAUGUUGGGGAUUGAUCAAUUUCAGGAUACAAAAAACUAAAUAUUCCCCCACUAAUAGAAGUUGAGGUUAUACUGAAUAAUACACUAAAAUGCACAGGUAUCUAUGAUCCUGAUUCGAAUAUAACCUUAAUAAAUUCGAAGUUAAUAAAAGUAACAAAUUGUAAGGAAAAUUAUUUUGAAAAUAAAUUUAAUACGAUUGGUGGUGGGGGAAAAACAACAGGUUAUUCACCUCAGUACCUGUUAAAUGGAGAACCAACUGAUGUAUUACCAGUGGACCUAAAAAUAAAACAAGUGGAACCCGGAGAACUGGAAAAAGACAGACAUACAGCAUUUCUCAGAUCAAAAAAAUCACAUGAACUAAACAAGGCCAGAUUUGACAGAAAUAGAAUAGAUUACAAGUUCCAAAAAGGCUAUAUGAAUAGGUCCUUUUGAGAUUGAAAAAAUGAUAUCAGAUUCACUCUGCAAAAUUAACACUGGAAAGAAUAAAAAGUCCUUGGGAUUGUACCAUGUGACAAAGCUCAUUCCUCAGUGUGAUAACUGAAAUUAACUCCAGUUAAUUUUCAAUUUUGAAGUGGGGGAGAUGUAAGCUUUUUAUGUUGUGAACGCCGCCUUACAAUAGAUUGAGUGAACACUACCCUUACAAAUAUGGCAUGAUAUUUGACAGACGGCACUACUGACCAGAGAUAAAAUAUGAAAAGCGUGCUCAGGAGCGUUCAUUGUAUAGAAAAUAUAUUUGAGUUUAAUAAACAUUUUGAAUUUUUUUGUUUCAGCUACUCAUUCGACUGG